UCCGACAUCCGUAAAUUUUUCAUAAUCCAGUUACUAUCUACAUACUUCCUCUACCUCUGGCCUUGUGACUUCGAUUCCGACCUCGAACCGUUUCUACAAUCUCUACGACCUCGCGACACUUGCUUGAUCCUCUGGAUGUUAUGAAUAAUCCCAAAUCAACGUGUCUACUAUGUCGCCACAUGGUAGUGACCAGAGGCGGUGCACGUACUCCGCAAUGGCUACCUCAAAUAUCGCGGUUUUCGACAACGCUUGCUCCGAAAGCCACUGAUUUGGCCGAUCUGGUAGCAGCCACCACUCCUGUAAGGGACCGGCUUACAAACAAGAAUAAGUUGGAGGAAAAGACAGCAUUUAGGAAGAUCACGUUAUUUGAUCAGAGUAUGCCCGGUAAGCCAAAAUGGACGCGCAAGAUGCAGGAAAAGAAGCUCGCCAAUAUCAGGAAAGGUUCGGACCGGGUCGAUGCCUUAUUUCGGCGUAUUGUUAGCGAGCAAACCGCCGGCCAAGAAGAAGAAGCAACAGCCCGCAGACCGAAAAACUAUCACUUAAAGCUAGCUCUCUCCGAGAUUAUUAAACAAUUAGGAGAAGUACAGCAUUUGCUCGAUAAGGGCGAACCGGUAGCGAAAGUAUAUAAGCAUUUCAAAACGGUUGUAGACCCUGUCCUUCGAGAGAAGGAACUUCUACUCGGAGAGCGAGCAGAGGCCCUGCCCCAAGUCUGUCAAAAGACAAUAAUGCGGUUGAUGGUAGUGGUUCGCGACGCCAAGCUAGAGGAAAUGCGUUCCCCAGAGUUGCCUCGGGCUUCUGAGUUGCUCCUAUACAUCUCAAGGUUCACCAAUAUUCGACCUAACAAGUUCCUUAAGCUAGCCGGUGCGCUGGUAAAGGAGAUCGUGAAGAUGGAUCCCUCUGCCGAGAGCCCUGAUUCUUCGGUGGUCGACGAUGGACUUCUUACGCAAGAGGACAUGAUUGCUGAUUUAAUCGAAUGCUGGAAGAUCUUAUCCGUACCAAGCAUCGCGCGUAACGAGGCCGACGACGACGAGGUCCUGGAAAACUUUUGGUUUCCGAGGGUUGAUAAACAUACUUUAUCGGCGUUUUCUAAAGGGGGAUCUUUCCAUGAGGCUUUUGUCACAUCUUUCCCGCAAUACAAAUGGGGAAAGGAUGAUGAACCUACAGGUGUACUCGGCAUCGCCACGUAUGCCUUGCUACUUGAUCCUCGGCGAGCCAAUCAAGAUUUAAGGUAUCGUGCCGCACGCUUUAUCAACAGGGUUGCUUACCUCAUUUCAUAUGUACAAUACUCCGACUUAAUGCUACGGCAACACACUUCGAAAUACUUUCCAGAGAUCGAACCAUAUGUUAUGGCCCAGUGGUCAGAUAUUAAGGAACAACUGAGAGAAAGAGCCCAGAAUGCGCAAUCUUCGGUUGCUGUAACCCGACCUGAAUGGCCAUUAGCUCCAAUCGAUCAAGACGAUAUCAACCAACGUUCAAUAAAAUACCAUCUUCAUCUCGCCAUUCCAGCUCGGAAUUCGAAAGAAGUAGACUCGCGGUGGAAGAGAUUUAUUAAGCCGGGGCCAGACGAAAAGAUUUCGGCGGCUCGGGCUAAGGAGCUUAAAAAUUACCCCGACGUCUUUGAUCUUUUCAUCUACACACAGAUGGCAUUGAACCAGCCUGAGAAGGCCAUAAACGUUUUAAUUACUUUACGCCAGGUCGGAAUCAGGCCGACCCUGAAAACAUGGAACGUCAUGCUCGACGGUUGUAAGAUGGCCCGCAAUCUUAACGGUAUCAACAACGUCUGGAAGAAACUUGUCGCGUCCGAAAUGAAGCUAGAUAUGAAGCUAUGGACAACUCGCGUCUCCGGAUUAAUACGAUGUGGUGAUGUUUCAGGCUCUCUGCAGGCCUUGCGGGAGAUGGUAUGGAUGUGGGAUCAGAGCUCGAAAGACGAGAACGCUAAGGCCGUCAAGCCGACUAUCGAGCCUAUCAAUGCCGUUCUUUCGGGGCUUUUGCGCCAAAAUCUAGUCACGGAGGCCGAAAAGCUGUUGGAGUGGGCCGAGGAAAAGGGGCUUGAACCAGACAUCUUUACCUUUAACCCCUUGCUCCAGCGCUAUAUUCAAGACGGGCGUGCCGCGGAUGUACGGGAACUCCUUGUCACGAUGGAAAAGCGCGGCGUGAAUGCUGACGCGGCAACGUUCACGAUCCUGAUCGAUGCGGCCUUCAGGCAAAUUCCGCCGGGCGACGCCGAGGCCGAGUCCAGAGCAGUGAGGAGCGUGUUGGAGGGCAUGGAAAAGGCUGGGCUGGAGACUAACGUACAGAACUAUGGCAAGAUAAUAUAUCUCCUACUCCAGGGGAGCAACACAGCCAAGGACGCCGUGAGGCAUGUGCUCUCACACCUAUGGGACCAGGGCCUUGAACUAACACCGCAUAUCUAUACGAUGAUCGUCGAUUACUACUUCUCAAUAAAGCCACCAGACAUCAAGGCCGUCGAUAGUCUGCUGCAGCGCCGACGUGUGUUCGACUACGACGACCAAGAUAUCGUCCUCUACGACAACGUCGUUCGUGGAUACACCGAGGCCGGCCUGCCCGAGAGGUCGCUCGUUUAUUAUACUAAACUCACGAAGGCCGGCCUUAUCAUCCCGCUAAAAACGCAAGUGAAGGUACUACUCGCGCUUCUCCAGAAGGGCAAUACUAAAGCAGCGAGAUACCUGGCCGAGACUGCGAGUAGUUUGUUCGAAACGGGGUAUAAGAACGGCGAGGUGGAGAAGGCCGAGUUCUGGGACCAUACGUUCUGGCACAUAGCUUCGGCAAACGGGCUUCUGGACAUGAGCAAGUUCCCGGGCGAACGGCCUAGAGGAUAUACGCACUAGGUAUCUCGUGUAGCGGAAGAUUGAUGUAAUCUCAGCAUAAGAAAGCGGCAUAUAGACUCUCGAAUCCGGUUGCAAAUUGCCCGGAUAUGUAGAACAUGAACCAUGAACGAAUUCAAUUCCAUCACUCUCAAU